AUGGGUCUGCUGUGGCCGGAUGGCCGAUGGAAAACCCUUCGAAACCGCCCUAGUGCAAGCCAAGACUUUCAUUACUCCGGGGUCGAUAAAAUGUCGGAACUGGUUGGUGGGUGGUGGGCAGAAGAGGGCAAAGCUUCGAAGACGCUGUUUAUCGGCAUGAUGAGACGAUCAGUCUGGACCACGUACGUCCCAUCAACAAGGGGGAAAGCGAAAAGAGAAUGCGAGAAUGCGUCACGCCGGCACAACUUGAUGAACUCCAUAGGAUCGCGUAGAAUUGCGAGAGCUGUGUCUGUAAGCGGCGUUUACGCGUUGCUAGACUUAAAAGCAGCCGAAGCUAUGUCCGACGUCGGUGUGAAGUUCGACCUUCCCUCUACUCCCUCUCCUGAAGAGGAGGUAUUCCUACCCCCUGCACCUCUUCUUGCUGGAGCACAUGUCGCUGGACUUCAAUCCUACCGUGAGAAGUAUCGAUCCUCCAUCAACAAUUCUGAUGCCUUCUGGAAAAGUGUGGCAGAGGAACUUCAUUUCUCGCAAGGAACUUCCAAGGGAUUGGAGUGGAAUUUUGAUGCGAAGAGAGGUGAUGUGUUUUGCCGCUUCAUGGAUGGAGCAAAGACAAAUAUUUCUUACAACUGUCUAGAACGUAACAUAAAGCGUGGUUAUGGCAAUAAGGUUGCCUACAUUUGGGAAGGAAACGAACCCUCUGACGGAUUCAAAAUCACCUACAGCGAACUCCACUCCCAGGUUGUCAAUUUUUCCGCUGUUUUACGAGGUCAUGGUGUACGGAAAGGAGAUGUUGUAGCCCUUUACCUCCCAAUGAUCACUGAGUUAGCUGUGGCAAUGCUUGCAUGUGCCCGAAUUGGGGCCAUGCAUUCGGUGGUUUUUGCUGGCUUUUCCGCCUCUUCCUUAGGUGCAAGAAUUAUUGAUGCCAAUUGCUGUGUCCUCGUAACUGCUGAUGGAUUCUUCCGAGGCAAGAAAUAUAUAAAUCUGAAGGGAAUUGCUAGUGAAGCUGUAAGAAUAGCAUCGGAAGGUGGUGUGAACAUGAAAUCUGUCAUCAUCGUCUCUCAUCAAAAACGUGUAACUGUUCCGGAAGGUUGCGACUCUCCCAAGGAAAUAGCGAUGGGACCCAAUGAUUUUAACUAUACUGUAGAAAUGGCCAAAUAUAAAGACGUUAAUUCGCCUGUGGAGUGGAUGGAUGCAGAAAGCCCUCUUUUUUUGUUGUAUACGUCCGGUUCAACAGGAAAACCAAAGGGAAUUCAACAUUCGACCGCUGGUUACAUGGUGUAUGCUUAUUUCACGACAAAGUGCAGCUUUGAUGCACAUCCAGACGAAGACGUCUACUGGUGUACAGCCGACUGUGGUUGGAUAACUGGGCACACGUAUUUGUUGUAUGGUCCAUUGAUGAAUGGCUUAACUAGCGUAUGGUUUGAAGGUGUGCCGACCCAUCCUGCCCCCGAUAGGAUGUGGGCGGUUACCGACAAGUACCAGGUGAACAAACUCUACACUUCGCCCACGGCCAUACGCGCCUUGAUGGCAAUGGGAGACGAGCAUGUUAAAAAGCAUUCACGUGCUUCUUUGGAACUUUUGGGAACAGUGGGUGAGCCUAUUAAUCCUGCGGCUUGGAAAUGGCUUUACAAUGUGGUAGGCAAUGAGAAAUGCGCCAUCGUGGACACAUUCUGGCAGACCGAAACAGGAGGGCACAUGAUAACACCAUUGCCUGGUGCUACUCCAAUGAAGCCUGGAUCUGCAACAUUUCCUUUCUUUGGAGUCAAUCCAGUCAUUCUCGACUCUGAAGGACGUGUCAUCGAAGGACCUGGUGAAGGAAAUCUCUGUUUCGAUAGAGCAUGGCCAGGAAUGCUCCGCACUGUGUUUGGCGAUCAUGACAGGUUCAUCAAGACGUACUUCGCACCAUUCAAUGGGUAUUAUUUUACUGGUGAUGGCGCACGUCGUGAUGAAGAUGGAUACUUGUGGAUAACAGGUCGCGUUGAUGAUUUAAUGAAUGUUUCUGGUCAUCUACUGUCCACUGCCGAAAUCGAAAGCGCGUUGGUGGCACAUGAUAAGGUUGCCGAAGCAGCGGUUGUCGCUGCUCCCCAUGACAUCAAAGGCUCGUUCCCGUACGCGUUUGUGACUCUGAACAACGGUGAGAAAAUGAGUCCUUCGCUGGCUCUGGAGCUGAAGAACAUGGUGCGUAAGAAAAUUGGAGCCAUUGCGGUGCCCGAAGUGAUCCAGUCAGCCCCUGGUCUGCCAAAAACUCGUUCUGGAAAGCUCAUUUCAUAA